CACAAAACCGUGUGAUAUUUGAUGGACUUUUGGUGACAAAAAGUUCAUUAUAAAUCAUAUGGCCAUCAUCACAGAAUAAAAUAAAUAAGAAUCCAAAUAAAAAGAAUAAAGAAGAAUCACACUAAGAUGCUUAAAACCCUUUUUUGUCUUGCUUUCUUGUCGUCAUGUUUUCUUCUACAAGCUAAGAUAAUCGAUGGAACCUCGAUUGGUGCCAUUUUUGACCAAACGUCAAGGCCUGGAAAAGAAGCGAAAGUGGCAAUUGAGAUAGCGAUUCAAGAUUUCAACAUCAAAACCAAUCAGACUUCGGUUUUAUAUCUUCAAAACUCACGAAACAAGCCUGGUCAAGCAGCCAUUGCAGCGAAACAGCUUAUUGAUGAACACAAAGUGAAAGCGAUUUUGGGAGGUCAUACAUGGGAAGAAGCUUCUGCCAUAGCCGAGGUUAUCAGCGACUGUAAUCACGAUUUCCCGGUGUUUCUCUCCCUCGCUGGAACAGCUCCACCACAGGUCCCACAUCAAUGGCCAUUUUUUGUUCAAGCCGUUCCUACAGAAUCCACUCAGAUGAAAGCGGUUGCUGCUGUUCUACAGUCAUUGGGGAUGCGAAAAGUGACUCUCAUAUACGAAACCUUGCCUCUAGCCUCCUCAUCGGCAUCGAUCAUCUCUCAUCUCUCUCAGGCAUUUCGUCAAACAGGUUCCGAGCUAAUUCAUAUCUUACCACUCGCAUCUGGUUCAUCUUUCUUAGAUGAAGAGCUUGACGUGCUCAAGAGACAACAACGUAAAGUCUUUGUGAUUCAUACGUCUAUGGAACUUGGGAUUCGUCUCUUUCAGACAGCCAAGAAGAUGGAGAUGACAGGAGAUGGGUAUCUAUGGAUCGCGACUAAUGGAAUCACGGAUCUUUUUCAUUCCAUUAACUCCACCAUGAUUACUUCACUAAAAGGUAUGGUCGGAGUCAAAAGCUACUUCGCUGAAAACACGCCGGAGUUUCAAGAUUUCAGAAAAAAGUUCCGUCACAAGUUCCGUUCCGAUUACCCAGAAGAAGAAAAGGACGAACCUGGAAUCUUUGCCGUGCAAGGAUAUAACGCCGUGGAAUUACUUGAAAAAAACUCACCUGAGAAAAUCGGUCACUGGAGGUCAAUUCCGGCGACUACAGUAGAGAUUGUUAACGUCAUAGGAAAGGGUUAUCACUCUGUGUACUGGACCGAAGGAUCAGGGUUUUCAGAGACGAUUGAAGAGGAUAUCAAUGGCGCAACUACUUACACUCAUUCUAUCGAUAAUGUUGGACAAGCUCUAUGGCCGGGUCAACCAUGGUAUGCUAACAGUCGUCGCCGGAAUCUUGCAGAAAGUUCAGAGAAUCGGAUCAGGGUUGGUGUUCCUGGUCGAUCUCUAUUUAACCAAUUCGUGAAAGUGGAUGUUAAUACGGGUGAUAUCACUGGAUUCGUAGUCUCUGUGUUUGAGGAAGUGAUGAGAAAGAUGAAUCAGCCAUUUGAUUAUAUUCCAUUCUAUGGCUCUUAUGAUCAAUUGAUCCAACAAAUACCUAACAAGAAUUAUGAUGCAAUAGCCGGUGAUGUAACGAUUCUGUCAGAUAGACACGAGUUUGUUGACUUCACACAACCCUACACCGAAUCCGGUUUGGAGAUGAUUGUACCAGAAUCACCCCUUUACAAUGGCUUCAUCAUUUGGUUGAUAGAGAAGAACCAUGUUAAAGAUCUCCGCGGCUCUGUUAUAAACCAAGUCGGAGUCAUCCUUUGGCUUUCAUUCAGCACUCUCUUCACUUUGCGCGGUGACAAGCUACAUAGCAAUUUAUCAAGAAUGGCGGCUGUGGUUUGGCUUUUCGUGGCGCUGAUCAUCACACAGAGCUACACGGCUAGCUUAGCCAGCAUGCUCACGGCUGAACGGCUGGAACCAACAAUAUCCAGUGUUGAGAUGCUGAGAAACAUGAAUGCACCCUAUAACUCAACCCAUCAAUAUGCGGAGGCACUAAAUAGCGGCGAAAUUGCGGCCAUCUUUCUUGAAGUUCCAGCAACCAAAGUCUUCCUAGCUCAGUACUGUAGGAGCUUUAUUAGAACCGGAGAGACAUUCAAAGUUGGAGGUUUCGGAUUCGCAUUUCCCAAGGAGUAUGAUCGACUUUCGGAAGCAAACGAGGCAUUAAUGAACGUAGCAGAGAGUGGGAGACUUAAAGAACUUGAGGAAGUCCAUAUUAUAUCCGAGAAGUGUAUUGAUGAAGACUCUGCACCUAAUGAAGAAGACAGUCUUAGUGCUCGCAGUUUUUGGGUACUAUUUGUCUUAACUGUUGGGGUGUCCACGGUUGCUCUUGUGAUUUACAUCAUCAUCAGAAUUAAAGAAGUUAAAAAAUCUGAUGAAGAAAACAAAAGUUUUUUGGAACUUAUAUCAACAUUUAUGAAGGAUUUGAAACGUCAAAUGAAACGAUCAUCGAGCAUAGUUGUUAAUGUGGAAAGUGCUAGACAUGCUUCACACGGUGAUCGAUCGGCUCAAGAUGACAUAGAUGAUUUACAAGAAACAGACGAUGACAGUAUAUUUUAUGAGGUUAGGAUCUAG